AUGAGCUCGACGGAGACCAUCAACGUAACGGCUCAACCAAUAUCGGAUGUAAUCAAGGACGUACCCCACGAUAAGGGCAUGUUUCUCCAAACCCCUGGCGCACAGGGUAUCGCCGGCAUCUUCGUAUUUGCCGCACUAUUCAUUACUUGCCAACAGAUUUACCAGCACCUCCGCUGGUACACGAAUCCCUCGGAGCAGCGCUGGAUAGUGCGCAUCCUGUUCAUCGUACCAAUAUACGGGUGCUACAGCUGGAUCUCACUGCUGUUCUUCAAUGGAAACUCCUACUAUGUAUACUUCUUCACCGUACGGGAUUGUUAUGAAGCUUUCGUGAUCUACAGUUUUCUGUCGCUAUGCUACGAGUAUCUAGGCGGGGAAGGCAACAUAAUGUCGGAGUUGCGCGGGCGGCCCGUGCGCGCGUCCUGUGUCAACGGGACCUGCUGUCUCAGUGGCGCCACCUACACCAUCGGCUUCCUCCGCUUCUGCAAGCAGGCCACACUCCAGUUCUGUCUCAUUAAGCCCGUCUGCGCCUUUAUUAUCAUUUUCCUACAGGCCCGAGGUCUGUACCACGACGGCGACUGGAGCCCCGACGGCGGCUACAUCUACAUCACCAUCGUAUACAACUUCUCCGUCAGCUUGGCGCUCUACGGCCUGUUCCUCUUCCUCGGAGCCACCAGGGAGAUGCUCAAACCCUUCGACCCGGUACUCAAGUUCUUCACCGUCAAAUCAGUUAUUUUCCUCUCGUUCUGGCAAGGUGUAGCCCUAGCCAUCCUCGAGAAGGCUGAAGUGAUAUCUCCGAUCCACGACGCGAAUGGUAUCCCAACGACGGCGGGUACAGUGUCUGCCGGGUACCAGAACUUCCUGAUCUGCCUGGAGAUGUUGGCGGCCGCUAUAGCACUGCGCUACGCCUUCCCCGCCGCCGUGUAUGCGCAUGCGCACCGAGACCCUCACCGCUCCGUCACUAUGCAGUCCAUCUCUAGUAGCCUCAAGGAGACGAUGAAUCCCAAGGACAUAAUGACGGACGCGUUCCACAACUUCCACCCUCAGUACCAGCAGUACACGCAGUACAGCUCGGUAAUGCGGGCUGGUGCAGGCGCAGGGAAGCGGGAGGAGGGCGGGGCUCUAGCGCCGCGCCCCCCGCCACAACGCGUCGCCACCAUCAGCCACGCCACCAAUUACCACGAGAAGACUACGCUACUCAGCUCCGAUGAUGAGUUCCAGUGA